AUGUUUUUUGCUGCUGAACCUCAAAAAGAUAACAUUAAAACUUAUGUUUUGAGCUUAGAAAACUAUUACAGUGGAAUUGAAAAAACUGAAUCUUCUCAAUCAAAAAACCAAUCAACUGAGGUAAAAAUAAAACUUAAUUCUUCAUUAAAACAAAACGUUAUUUAUUCAUACACAGAUUUAGUUAGAGAUGUAUCAUUUAAGUUUCGUUUAAGUGUCUUAGAUCAUCCUAACUUUUUUAUUGAUCCAAAUAAUGAUUCUAACUUGGUAUGUACAAGAGAAAUUACUUUAGAAGAUAUAACAGCAAAUAACAUUUCUAUUGAUUAUAUUAAUGGACAAGUCUUAGACAUUCCUCUUUCUCAACUUACUUCUGACCAUUAUACUUUCCCUUCACUUGGAUUAUUAAAACAACAAAAUAGUGAAGAACGUGGUGAUUUUAUAGUUAAACUUAACAUACCAAACUCAAGUGUUUCUAAGGCCUUGAUUCAAUUUUUAAAAGACAAUGAUUUUUCUUAUGACUGGAUUGCCUCGAUCCAGGUACCAAUACAAGACAAUCUUGAAAAUGAAAAUUUACACCUUUUCACGUUACAAAAUCUCUUAUUAGAGAAAAAGAAAUUCUUAGAAAAUAAAGAACAACUUCUCCAUCAAAUUCAAGACUCUCUACAAUAA